GUUAAAAUCAAUGAAACGCGCUCUGUGUACUGAUUUGGAGGGUCCAGGUCUGUGGUGGUCCGGUCUUGACUCUUCUAUCAGUACAUUUGGAGGUUUUGUCAUGACUCUAGUUCUGUCGCUUUAGAUUCUCUCAGAUCUGAUGGCAAUCUCGAACCCUUCAGAUGAAGCUAGAGAACUCUACAGUCUCCUGAGUCAGCCGCACCUACAGGCUAUUCUCUCGGCUCAUGACACUGUGGGUCUCGGAGACUACGAACCAGAACACAUGUUGGGGAACAUAUUAUUUGACACAGCUGUUGUUCUGUUAAGGAUCAGGAAUCUGGGGUCAGAGGUCGGUCUGAUCGAGGACCUGAUGGAUCCUUGUGUUCAACACGGAGAGCAUGGAAUCAUGUUUACCACACUGAAGGCGUGCUACUAUCAGAUCCAGCACGAGAAGGUCACAUAAUACACAUAAUCUCUCCAAAACCAUCUGACUGACAAACACACCAGCCAAUCACAGCGGAGUGGCGAACCGGCCGUGUUCAGCGUCCAGAUCACGUGUCCUGAGGGGGGUGAUGCUAUUGGCUGAGCUCUCAUCAUCACAGAAAAGGCUCCGGUUCAUGUGCAAGGGCUGUGGAUUUGAGUUUUAUUUCUAUUCUGUGUUUCAAACGAAUCUGUUUCUCGUGAUGUUUUCAUGUCUUCUUCGUUCACUUUAUUGAGGUUUUUUAAAAUGCUUUCAUUCCAUCGCUGUAUUUUUAUUUAUUUAAAACCAGACGCCAUUCUGAUGUUGAACGUUUUUGUGUGACGUUGAUUUGUAAUGUUCUGUAAGCCAUCUACCUCCGUCUUCACAGUAAACCACUAGACUAAACAACUUUUCUUGAUAGUGUUACAUCAUUUAACACAAGCAGCACAGUGCCUCAGACACACAAUAUUUAUCACAAUAUUGGAUUUUCAUAAACACAAGAUCUGGACUGUUGUCCUUCUCGAAUAAGAAACAGAUUUGUGAUCUGACUGACAGGGUUGAAGUUCUGCUUUAUUCCAUUGAAAUGUUUGUUUACAGACUUUGAUCUGAGUUUAGAAACGGUUCAUGCUGCUUGUUUGUUUGUUGUUGUUUCUCUAUGAACUCGCUCAGACGUUCCUGAAGUGUUUUUGAAAUGUUGUCGAUGCUCAUAGUGACACAUGAGCAUAAGUCAUGUUUUUCUCAUCUGAAGUAUUUUAAAGUGCCUCUUGUAAGCGUUACGGAUGUUUAUCAUGAUGACAUCAUCAUUCAGCAAUAGCGUCCAGUCUCAUUUCAAAGCUGUCGGCCUGUUGAGAUUUGUUUUCUUUUAUUGAUGUUGUUUUAUGUAUUUGCAGCAAAGAUGAUCUGAGUGAUGUGGAUGAUGUGUGGAAUAACUCACAGAACGGUGACAUUAACAAAGUGUGUUUGAAUGAGGAUAAGAGAUAAGGACUUUCAGAUUGUGUGUUGUUGUGUGUUUAAACUCUGUGAAACUGUAAAGGCUGUGGACUGUUGUUGUUUACUGACACGAUGACAUGUGAGAUGUUGCAUGAAUAUCAUGGAUCUGAACAUGAAGAUACGGAUCAGUUUAACUCUGCCGAGUCAAGCCGUGUACAUUCACCCGUGUCUCAGAGAGAGAUUUCUGUCAUUUUUAAUUCUAAGAGGUGAAUACAAAGAAUAUUCAAACUGUUUACUGACUUAUUCGUUUUAAUAAAUGGCAAUAAAGCUCUGGAUUAAACAUGACAUUGUCGUCUAAAUAAAUAAUGGUUUGGACAGAAUGUUAUAUCUGUGCGUCUCAGUGUUUUGCUUCAGGAUUCAACAGUGAUAUGAUGUGUAGUUUGGAUCUUUGUUCUGAUGAACACAGAGAAAGAUAUUUGGAAUAAUGCUUAUAAGCAGACAGAUUGACUCGCAUAGUAGGAAAAAAAUAACGGUAGUCAAAAGUGCCCCAGAACUGUCUGCUGUCCUGCAUUCUUCAAAAUGUCAAUAUUCAACAGAACAA